AUUCCAGUCAUAAAAAUGAUUUGAAUUUAAACAAAACGCCCAUUUAAAUCGUAAUGCUGAUAAUAAACUGUAUAUAUACAAAAAAUCACAAUGAACCGACGUAAAAGUUGUAAAGGGUCUCAUAACAAUAACAUUGUUGGUCGGGCUCACUCAACUUUAAGCGUUUCCGCAGUUGAUUAUUAUUUAAACUUGCCAGUAACAUGUCCUCCUUCACCAUCAGUGUCUACUAUUACUCUUACUCCAGGAAGAAUAAGAAAUAUUGAUCAAGAUAUGGAAAAUCUUAGGGUAUCAAGACAAGAUAAUCCAUUUAUUCAGAAAGUUAUUGCUAGUAGAGAAAGUAUAAUUGACAGUUUGGAUACAGAAGAAGAAUCAGAUCAUGCAAACUUAAUGGCCAAGGAAUUAUCUCUAGAUUUAGAUGUGGAUCCUUUAUCUCUUCCUGAAAUGCACGAGCACAUGAUAAGAAGUCCUCCUCCAACCAAUUGGCCAAAAUCGCCGAAUUUUAAAGUUUUCCAUUUUCCACAUAGUGAGGAUGAAACCAUCUCAAUAGAAGUAAAUUGUCCAAAAUUUAAUCACAGGUCUACAGAAUUUUGUCGGCAGAUGAUCAUAGAGGAAGAAUAAUUGACGACAGUUUUCUUCACAAACUGUGGCUUGAUAGAGACAGUUUGGCCAAAUGAGAUUAGCCAUCAUGUUUAACCCAAACUCGGUUAUAAAAUUGUAAUUUACAUUCUCAAAUACCUAGAAACUUUCCAAGGACUAAAUAAUUUGAAUAUAAAUUACGUUUUUCUUUAUUUACAAAAUUGAAUAAAUAAUUUUUUUAAAUAUGUUUAAAUUCUAUAUAUCUUGUAUCAUUUUCUUUACAAUUACAUAUAAUUAAAAUAGAAUCUUCAAUAUCCCUGAAGUUAUUUUUUGCAUGGACACUGAAGAAAAGCACUUUACACCAGCCAUAUAUAAAUAUAAGAAAUUAGUUGGAGAAGACUUAAUUUAUAUGCAUAUGUUUGCCAACUAAUUAAUCGGCGUUUUCUUAAUGGGAUUGUGGCAAAAUUAAACACCAAGUGUAGUAACUCUAAUAUAUUACCGAGGUUUCGAAUUCUUAUGUAGUUAUCGUCUGGGAUUUAAGUUAUGAUCAAGUAUAAUAUAGAAGUACUUAUAAAAUUAUAACAAUAAAAAAAUAACUUACAUUAAUUAGUUUAGGAUUGUGGCGUGUUGUUGAAUUUUAGUAUCAUUUCACAACCAAUAAAAAUUAACACAAAUUUUGUUAGUAACCAGAAACAAUAUUUAUGUCACGAGUCAAUUUGAAUAUUGAUUUUUGUAACUAAUUAAUGAUAAGUAUUCGAAAACUCGGAAAUAUAUUAGAGAUAGUACACUUAGUGAUUAAUUUUGCCGCAUUCCCUAUAUAAUCUAGUCUUGUUUAGUAAUAAAAAUCAACAAAACAAUUUUUUCCUGCUUGCAUUUCUACUUUAAAUUAGUCGUAAACUUAAAAUUAUUAUAAUUAAAAAAGUACCUAAACUCAUAUCAGAGAAAAAUUAAUUUAUAUGUCUGAUUUAUUCGAAUGUCGAUUCCUAUAACGAGAUAAUUUAUUUUUAAUACAUUAGGAACAAGUUCAAAUUUAGAUGAUAAUAUAUUGUAACAAGAUUUGUUGUUAGGCUAGGCUCUUCUUCUUUUUCUCUCCUUUUAACUUGUCCUUUCCUAUGUGAACAAGCGGCUCUCGAAUAUUUUGGAAAAUUGCUAAUUUGUAGAGUGCCCCGACGUUUGAUUUGGUCGAUUCGCUUGGAAUAAACAGUUCCUUAUUCAAUUCUGUCCAUUUUGAAAAUACUUAUCGGUUACUCUAAAAUUGAGCAUGAUCCGAUUAAAAGUUCAUUAGUAGGUUAAGCGCCGCAGCAGACAUCGGUGUCUGAUUCAAGAAAUUCCUACCAAGUUAUGGAGGACACCGGUGACCGCUAUGUUUUCACGGGCCACAGCGGACACCGCUUACCGCUAUGUCUUUACGGGCCACAGCGGAUACCACUUACCGCUAUGUUUUCACGGGCAAUAGUGGAUACCGGUGUCCGUUCCUGGUUUUAUAACUCUGGGUGAAAAAAAUUGAAGAUUAUAAGUUUAAACAACCCAAAAUCCUGACCAGGAUGGAAGUUUUGCUAAAAAUACCUUGACGCUUAACCUAUUAAUGUUGCCAGAAUAAGAUGUGUUUAGAUUGUAGGAAAGAUACUAACUUAAAGUUUCAAACAUUCCUUUAUCAGUGAUAAAUGUUCUAGUCAAUGUCUAAAAACUGUUUUCUUUUUGUAAAUAACUUUAUAUAUAUAUAUAUAUAUAUAUAUAUAUAUAUAUAUAUAUAUAUUUUAUUUUCAUGGAUACGUUUGUACUUUUUAGCUGUUGUAGAUUUUACGUGGUGUUAUUGUAGCUAACUGAUAUUACUCGUAAAUACAUUCAUUAUGCUUCUGAUGCGGAGGCCGAUUUCCAGCCAUCGUGACGUUUUAUAGACUUAUUUUUUUUUCAAGGCAACAGUUGUUCAAAAGUGAAAACUUAUCGGCUCAAAACGCCACGUCAAAAUGUAUUGGAAAUAUUUAUAUUCAAUUUAUUUCAGUCGAAGUAAAUUCACAUUCACGGUUGUACAAAAAAUGUUGUUAGUAGUUCGUAUAUAAAAUUCGUGUUUUCACGGCACAUUCAAGAGAAUUUAUUCGUCAUUAAGACUUUUAUGUGCCAUUUACGUACUUACCACUAAAAUAACUAAUUUAUCAAUGGUUAAUACGAGGGUUGCUACUUUAGCUAAAUGCGUUUCAACCAAUUGAUAUUCUGAUUUAGGUACAACCAAAAUCUAUGGUUUUAACGCUUCUUUGUGUUGACAUCGUAAUUUAUUAUUUAUCUGUGGAAAUAAGAAUAAAUCAUUGGCUGCAAAACUAGAACUAUCUGGUGGAUGACCCAUCAAUUCGAUAUUUUGAUUGUUCACAAACUUUUUUGUUUGAACUGAUGUGUGAGAGCUCUCAUUAUCGUGGUGAAGAAUGAUUCGUAUCCUGCAAUUGGUUUCCCUCAUUUUUUCUAACACUGGUAAACAAAGUCUGAUGUGCCGUUCAGAAUUCACAGUUCUACGUUGCUUUAAAGAUAGGAGUGAAACCGAGCACUGAAAACGUGUCCAAAAGCACAAGAAUGUCGCAAAACUGACUAAUUCUACAAAAGGGAUGAUUGGUCUGAAACGGGUGCAAUAAAAUAUACCAGAAACGUUCAGUUUUCUCAAUUUUGGUUCCUUGAAUGUACGCAUCAGACGUUUGUACGAGCAGUGUGUAAAUCUAAAGAUGUUUAUUUGUGUUUUGGAUAUAAUUUAGUCAGGGGUGAAGGGAAUCUGGGUAUAUAGUCAAAGAAAUAAUAAAAUUUUUGAUUAGAUACAAAAUUAGUUACGUUUUAAUUUUUUGUUAAAAAGAAAGAGCAUAGUAUGUAGAAUCAUAGUUCAAAAAAAAUUAGCUGUCCAUAUUCGCCUCUUUCGAAAGUUUCUAAUUGUCCACUUUAGAGCUUUUCCUUUGGAACUUAAUUUCAUUUUUGGAAAAGUACCUGGUAUGAUGUUCUGCCUUAAUUGUUAAUCUUUCAAAAUCGUAACCGUUUAUAAUAAUAAUAAAAAAUAAUAUAGGGAACCCUUUCUAGAACACUAUAUUAAAAUAUUGAAUAUCAAAAUAAAUGUACAAGUGAAAGCUCGGUGGCUUCUCUUUGUCGAUGUUCAGUUUUCUGCAGUAUAUAACGAGAUGAGCGUGUAAAAACUUCGCUUUGAAAUCCGUUUCAAAGGUCCAAAAAUGUUUUUUUGUAUUCAUAUUACACAGGCCCUAAUACGAGACUAUAAUUUUACACCAAUGAUAGUGUUAUGCUGGAAAAAGUCAUUUUUUUCGUGACGUUUCCGGAAAAUUCAUUUUAUCCUCAGCAUUCAAUCAAUUAGUUGUUAAUUUAAUUAUUCAGGCGUUAACUCGGCCAAACAAAUUUUUCCCCAACGAUACUGUUCAGCUGGGAAAACUCGGGAAAAGUCAUUUUUUCCGCGGUCAUUUAAUCAGCAUUAGUCGAGCACUUAUUUAUACAAGCUCUAGUGAGGCCACACGCCCGAAAACGGAAUAAAAAUUUACAAAAAUUGUUUUUCUAUCAUUGAACAACGUAGCACUUAAUUAUGGAAGGAUGCUAUUAUUCAUUUUGCAAAAUUAACUUGCAUUGGUCUGCUAACUUUUUUUCUAGUAGUGAGCUGAACAGUCAAUUUCUCAAAAACUUGCUCAUCGGAAAAUUUCGUGAUAUUAGCACUUAAAUUUUCGCAUAUUGUUUUUUCUGUCUGCUCAUAUUGCUAACUUUAGUGACACCUUUCUGACAGCCAAAUGUUCGUGCAAUAUUGAAUGUAUACGAAUGGAACUAACAUCCAAGUAUGUCUGAGUCUCACACGACGAUCUUGCAUUAUCAUUUUACCCAUAGCAUCAAUGUUUUCUGUAAUAACAGUCGAUUUUGGACGACUUUCACAAAAUUCAUCCUGUAAUUAAUUUAUUGAAUUCGAAAAACAAAAGCUCGAGAUGGAGUUUCAUCACCAAAAGUCGAAGCAAAUUGAUCGGCAGACUGCUGUUGGUUUAAUCCCAGUCGAAAAUCAUCAUACGAAAAUUUUCGCGAUUCAAUUCGAUUUCUUGACCUUGACCAAAAUGAAUGUGUCAAGUAUCUGUAAACGACUCAAAUAGCACUCGUUCUAGGUACGUUCAUCAUUAAAAAUGUUAAUGGCAAUGUAAGAUUUGACAUAUUCCCAUCAGUGUUGCCAUGUUUCAAAACUGAAGUAGCAAACUCACAGUAAUGAUUGAAUUAGUUUUUGCAUUUAGGGUGCAUGUAGUACUAAUAUUAAACAUUUCCCUUUGAUAGAAAUUUUUGAAAACGUCGGGCAAUCAAAUUGAUACUACUCACUAAUAGAGAUAAUUUUUUUAUUGAAAAUCCAAUUAAAAAAAUUGGUACGACUAAAUUAUGAAAAAAGUAAAAUACGUUAAAUAUUUUGAGAUUCAUUUUAGUUCAUUGAGAAAAAUUUUUUAAUAACAUUAUAAAUUAUAGAUGUACCGGAAUUGAUUGUUAAAGGAAUUAAAAUUUUAUUGAAACUUAUUUAAAGCAUUCUAAUGAUCUUAAAAUAAAGUUAUUUUCAUUUAUUAACAGGGUAAAAACCAUUACGUUUGUAGAAUAAAAAGAAAAAGUUGUAUUAUAUUUAGUACUGUUGAAUUCAAACUGUAUAAAUAGAUUUAAAAAGUAGCUGAACUAGAUGGUGACUAACAUCUUUCUCGAUUGAAAUGGCACACUUGGGAUUAUUUUUUAUGGAAAAAAUGCGAAUGGUAUUCCUCUACGUCACUAUUCAAUAAACGAUAAUUUAAACAGUCCUACAUAAAAAACACUAAGUAAUAAUUAUUGGAACCGUUAUUGAUUUUCAUACUGAACACACUGUUCAUAUUACCACUACACCAACACUCACAAUUACACUGUCCGACACGCGUUUCGAUAACCAAGUUUGUCUCACUUCAGUCUGUGUAAUGAUAAUUAGAAAACCAACUAGUUACAUCUAAGAAUUUGAUUAGAUUUGAUUCUGAAUCCACUCGCAGCUUUGUCAAAGCUACUUCAACGGUUAAACGUGUUUAUAAACAUUUCAACUAUGUCGUUUUCAAAGGGCCAAAAUAUGUCAAGUCCAAGGGUUGGAUUCUGUGUGAAGAGUGUGGUGGCGGAGUUAGGAUAAUGAUUCCAUGAUUGCUGCAGAGUGAGAAUUAAUCAAGACUUAUAUGACUCUCAUGGAUAUCUAAAAUAAGCAAAAGGGGUCUUCGUUUGAAGGUUUUGUGUGUAAAAUAAAAUGUUGUAGUCAAUCCAUAAAUAAACGUUCGUUUAUCCAUCCAGAGUUUGACGCAGCCCUAACCAUAUUAGGGUUACUAAUUUUUAGUAAUAGUAGGUUCAUACGCUUCCUUUUAAAUAUAAAAAAUUACGGAGAAUGUAUUGACCAGUUGCUCUAAAAGCACAAACAACUUUUGUUGAAGACUCCCUAACCUUUUGCCACUAUUCUCUUAUUGCUUUGUACCGUCGAUAUUACUACUAUCACUACUGGUACUACGGCCCUCAAAGAGUCUUGGUCUCGUCCACCACAUUCCUUCAGUCAUCAUGGUCCUCAUACCUAGUUCUCGAAGAUCCUCUCCGACAUCAUCCAGCCUGGCUCUCUUGACUUCUGUCACCAGGCUGGAGUCUUCAUAGAACCGGUAGAGCUCGGUGUUUAUAUGACUGAGCCACCCUGGUUCAUAUAUUUGGCGUAAGAUCUUUCACUUCCACGUUCAACACCUCUCGUCUCGUCUGGUGGAAUAGAUCCGCUUUGUCAUUCUCCAAUUCAGUUUAACGUGACUUUGGUAGUAGUUGAAGACUGAAUUAUAUGAAGUCAUAGACAUUGAAAAUUUUAUCAGUUUGAACAUGUUUGUUUAUCAUUGAACUUGUAGAUUUUACCUGACAUAUAACUUAGCAUUUUAUACCUAAAAAUACCUGCGUGUGCCAUAUGUGACUGUAUUGUAUAGAAUCAUAAGUAAUAUUAUCAAGAGUUUAUGCACAUGUUGAUAAAUUUAUUUACAGUUUAUUUAUUAAAUUUAUUGUCUAUGUAGAUUAUUUUAAAUUUCUGUUUCAAAAUUAUAUAUUAUAUAAUCGAAAACUUUAGAAAAAUAAAAAGUUA